AUGGGUCAUUUCCAGCAGCAAAUGCCAUCCAUCUCUAAUGAAUUUGAUCUGAACAACAUACAGGGAGAUAUCUGGCCUGGUUUGUCCAAAAGAUGUGAGAAGUUUAUUUUCUUCACCAUCAACAAUCCUGCUCUUUUCAAACCUGGGCUGCACAAGCUCGCGGAUCAAGUCAUUACUUCCUCCAACCAAGCCCUGCUAGAUCGCGCCAAAAUCCAAAAGGUCGUUGCAGCUAGGACGGCGAAAGAUGGCAACAAGGAAGAGUCAGGGUCAGGUCUCGGGGGCUUGGCCGGAUCUUUGGCCGGAGGUCUUCUAACCCUGGGGCUUGCGCCCCUCACUGUACUACACGAUAUGCUCCCGGAGCAUCAGCAUAUUCCGAGAGCCAAAGGAUCCGACGAUGCCGAAAUAGUUGGUGUGAACAUAUCCUUCACCAACAGAGGCAUGACCAAGUUGAGCAGUGAAAAAUUCGAGCAUGACCCAUUCAUCAAGGGCCAGUUCCACGGCAUGGUGAAUGAAGGGAGAGACGAGGCACACCAUUGGCUUCCUGAGUUCGCACAGAACUCCAUUGAUGGAGUGCUGCUAGUGUGUGGCACAGAAGACGCAGUCCAGGCAAAAAGAGAUGACCUAGUCCGCAAUUACUUCGGCAGGACCAAAGGCGCUACUGUUGUCUUGGAAUUGGAGGGCAAGGAAAGACCCGGAAAGAUGGAGGGGCAUGAGCACUUUGGGUUCUUGGACGGAAAAUCGCAGCCAAUCGUCAAGGGCCUCGAUGAGAAAUCUCGCGGGACUCGCACGCACCACACUCGUCCAGGAGUCAUCCUAUUCGGAUACGAUGGGGAGGAUGAAAAGUCAAAGCAUCCAGCCUGGGCCAAGGACGGCAGCAUCCUGGUCAUUCGCAAGCUCCAACAAUUCGUGCCUGAGUGGAACCAGUUCGUAGAAUCAGAGGCUAAAAGGCUCAACUUCACCCCAGGGCAGUUUGGCGCUCGACUUGUCGGACGUUGGCAGAGCGGAGCACCUGUUCAGGUGUAUCCCGAUGAGGACCCUGUUGCGAAGUUUGCCGAGGAUGACCCGGAGAAAAAAAUCAUCGAAACAUGGAAUGCAUUCGACUAUCCCGAGGACAACCAGGUCAACUGCCCAUUUGCGGCCCAUAUACGCAAGGCCGCUCCCCGAUCUGGGGUCGGAAAUUCGGACGUUUUCGACAUCCUCCGCCGUGGUAUUCCAUACGGAGAGGAGCUCCGUGAUGAUGAGACGACUGAAACCAAAUUGGACCGUGGCCUCAUGUUCAAGUGCUACCAAACCAAUCUUUCCCUUGGGUUCGAGUUUAUUAGGAACCACUGGAUCAAUCCCGAUAACUUCCCCCCCGAAAAGACCGACUUCACUGGUGGCAUCGACCCAGGACAGGAUGCCGUUGUUGGUCAGUGGGACAAGAAAGCCACUGACAAAAACUUGAAAACGAGUAUCUUUGAUGGUCAUGGAAAGCAUAAUCAGGUCACCUUCCAAUCUUUUAUCGAGUCCCACGGAGGUGAUUACUUCUUCUCUCCAUCGUUGAAGCUUCUCCGCGAUCUUUCUAGGCCUCGUGCUUUUUUCUGA